UCAAGAGAACUUCAGUCCAAAACGUGCCAUGCUACUUUGAUGUGCGCUGACCCCAUUUCCGCUUGUAGGACACCUUGGGGUGCACAUACUAGCACCACCGAUACCCUCCUCUUCCUCACCCAGCACCAUUAUGGAUGUACUUUGAAACACGCAAGCCUGGACUCCAAAGGGUCAAAAACAUCUUUAGAACUUAAUUUGGUGCUCAUCCAAACGUCUCCUUCCCGUAUCUUUGGUGGACCAAGCCAGCACAUGGAGCGUCAAUGUGGACAAAAGCGGAAAGGCUGUGGACAUGUGGACGCAACAAGUGUGAAGUUCGGGAGGUUCUGGUAAUGCUGGAGCAGACUGCAUGAACUGGACUGGAGGCAUCAGCUCCGCACUGGCUCCGAAGUGGUGUUGCGGCUCCUCGUCCCCGGCGGAUCCGGAGAUCGGAGCCUCUGCACCGGGCGGAGGCGGAGCUUCAGCGACCUCUCAGGCGGCCCCAAAGGGCGGCCGCGUCAGGAGGAUGGUGCGGCUGGCGGCCGAGCUGCUGCUGCUCCUGGGACUUCUCCUUCUGACUUUGCACAUCACCGUGCUCAGGAGCAGCCCGCUGCCGCCCGCCAACGUCAGCUUGAGCCUGGAUCACAUCGAGCAGAACAUCAUCCAUGCAAAAAGCAGCUCAUCGGGCCAACUGGCUUCAGAAGGCUCCUGGCGGUCUGGUCCAGAACGUCGGUUUGCCCACCGGUCCGCUGCCCUCCCGUGGGUGCAAGGCACUGGCAGUAAUGUCCACAAGGAUGGGCCUGGAGCUUUUCUACUGGACCUGCACAAUUUCCCCGACCUCUCCAAAGCUGAUAUCAAUGGGCAGAAUCCCAACAUACAGGUAACAAUUGAGGUUGUGGAUGGGUUAGAAGCGCAUGAGCCAGAAAAAGGCCACCGCAAGGAGACUAAACCCAACUGGGCUUCUACCAACUGGAGAAACUGGUGGCCUCGCACUUCCUCCACAUCGUCCUCCACCACUCAUCAAGCGCAGGACCACGAUCGGUCCUAUGGAGACAACGGUGAAGACAGCAACUUCCUCAGGCCCCCAGUGGAUUGGGACCGGAGAGGAGGCACCGGAGAGAGAGGGAAACCCCAAACGGAAUAUGACUACAUGGACGGAGAGGGCGACUGGAGUAACUGGUCACUGUGCAGUGUCACUUGUGGAAAUGGCAACCAGAAGAGAACCAGGUCUUGUGGUUAUGCCUGUACUGCCACCGAGUCCAGAACCUGCGAUAUGCCAAACUGUCCAGGUAUUGAAGAUGCCUUCAAGACAGCAGCUACAGAAGUGAGCCUGCUUGUUGGAACAGAUGAUUUCAAUGCCACUGAGCUCUUUGGUGUUGACACAGACAGCUGUGAGCGAUGGAUGAAUUGCAAGAGCGACUUCUUGAAGAAAUACAUGAGCAAGGUGGCCAGUGAUCUCCCCAGCUGCCCUUGCUCGUACCCGACCGAGGUGGCGUACAGCACAGCCAACGUGCACGACGCUGCUUCGCGCAGAAACUUCCGCUGGAAAGAUGCCAGUGGGCCAAAAGAGAAGCUGGAGAUCUACAAGCCGACAGCACGAUACUGCAUCCGCUCCAUGCUGACGCUGGAGUCCACCACACUGGCCGCACAGCACUGUUGCUACGACGACAGCAUGAAGCUCAUCACGCGCGGCAAAGGGGCCGGAACGCCCAAUCUCAUCAGCACAGAGUUCUCGGCUGACCUGCACUACAAAGUGGACAUCUUGCCCUGGAUCAUAUGUAAGGGGGACUGGAGUCGCUACAACCAGGCCAGGCCGCCUAACAAUGGACAGAAGUGUCGUGACAACCCCCCGGAAGAUGACUACUCCAAGCAGUUUGAAGAAGCAAGGGAGUUCUAGCCCUUCAAAAUGAUGAUGGAUCCAUUUUGGAUUUAAGGGUUCCAAGACUUACUGGUCCUCUGAAGUAGGAGAACCUAAAAUCUAUGAGGACCAUUUCUAUGGACACCAAGAACUUGCAUACAAGGCACUGAAUAAUGUGCCAAUUGUUUUAAAUAUACCUCUGAGAAAAAUGAUGCUUUUCGGGGUAUCCUUUCAUCAAUAAAGGGAUUUUCUAUUCUUAAAGGGAAAUGAUGAUACGACCGAAAUGUAAGGUGUGCCCGGGCUUGUAUGGUAAAUUUCUGUGGUAAUGGAGAUCCUUCAGGAGUGUGUUGACGUAAUGAGGGGAGGUGGUUCCCCCAUUUUGUCGAUUGCAGUAUCCAGGUUCUCAUGUAAACUUAUGAGUAUGUUAAGCAUGCAUUUCACAUUUAGCAUGCGCACAGUGUCUAUUAUUUGUGAACAGACCUCCAUUGUAAAAAGUCUGCAUUGUCUUUCUGUAAAGUAUUUAUUUGAGUUGUAGCUGUGUCUGAAUUGGGGGCGUCGCCGUCAAUGUUUUACGUUAGGAUGAUAAUAGAGUGCGUGAAUGCAAUGCUAUAAUGGACAUAUUUUUGAGAUUAUAAGUCUAUGAAUAAAACUUUUUUGAAAAUUGCAAUACUUUCCGUGAGUGUCAGUGGCCAUCCAGCACCUGGUCUGCAAAAGCAGUAAAAAAAUGAACAAAAAAACACUUUUUUUCUCCUCUCUAUUCCUGUUCCGACGCUUUUUUUUGCAGUUAAAAGGUCGUAUCGUCUCAUCCUUGCCAAUAGGAUCAAACCAUUGUACAAGGCUUUCAUCUGUUUAAUCUAGUGCAACACUGUGGUCCUUCCUUUUGAUGGGAUUUCUUUCAAGGCUGACGAUUGAAAGAGCCUCUUGAAAUUUAUUUGUCUUUGGAAAGUAUCCUCCUACAUUCCUACGUAAUUUUUCAGCAUACACACACACACACACACACACACACACGCACAGUACUGCCUGGACAUACUAAGGACCUCUGACCAGCUGCAGCCAUUGUCACACAGAGGAAGCCAUUCAUAGCGCCCUCAUUCCUCCCGUUAACUGUGCACCACAGCUGGCCGACAGCAGGGCUCGUGUUGCCACUGCAACCCCGCGUGGCUUCUUGCAUGCUUGCUUCGCCACAACUCUUCAAUAUGCAUCCUUCAACCACUGACACUUAAAUGCCGGCACAGAUAUUCAUCAGCAACUGCAAUUGAAGCUGUAAAUCUCUCCAGCUUCAAACUUUCGUAUCAUCGGCGUGAACGUGAAGCAUUCUUUGUAAGUCUCCUGUCCUUCCCAUCCUCGUCCUCAGUUACAACAUUGUUUGAAGCUAAGAUUACAGUACACAGCUUGGAUCGUUAUCAUAGCAGACCACCUGCUGUACGGGCCAUUAAGCUCUAACCUGUUCAUCUUUAUAUAGAAAGACACUCACUGGCCACAACAUUAAAAAUGCAACAUUUGUGGACACCAUAAAGUUGGUUUUGAUUGACAUUGUGAGAGUUAUUACUGUAUUGACCCAAAUAUAAUACUGUAAUGGACUCAGAAUACAAGUGGUGCUCGGGUUACGUAUGAGUUCCGUUCCUACACUGUGAACUCAUGAAGGACAUAUAAAAUAGCAGUAAUAAAAAUGUA